GACUUUUUAAAACAGAAAACAAAACAAAUGGGGACCUUUAAAAGGUGCAAUGCGACCAGAAACCAUCUCCUUCCGCCUCUCAAACCUAUCACUCCUUUCCCUUCCCUCCUCCGGAUCAGUCGCAGAACGCCGACUCCCAGAGUCCACCCUCCGCCCUGGGACCAAGAGGGUGGCUCGACAAAGCAAAGGCGAGGGGAGGAGGGCACAAGUCCGGCUGGUGACAGUAGCAUAAAGGCGGGACUCUUUUUCAAAGUCUUUUGCGGAAGCUUGGGAUCCCUCCGCGGGGAGUCACGUGCCCCGCCCCCUUGGGGGCGUCGAAAACUCAAAAACAAAAACAAGGGGUUUGCUUCAGCCUCGGCUGUGGAGGCAGCGGUCCCCGCAGAGGGGCAGGGCUUGAGGGGCCGGCGCUGCGCCCCAGCUGGAGGGUGGGCGUACAGCGAGCGGGAUGAAGCUCUGGCUGUGAGGCCGAGGCGGCUGGCGGUGGCAGGGGGGGGAAGGGUCCGAUGCCGGUCCGGGGGCACCGCUGAGGCGGCGGGUCCCCGACCUCUGGAGACAGGUUCGGAGGCCCCCGCCGCGCCCAGUCCUCACCGGACCGUGACGCCGCGGGCUGGUGGAGGCGCGUCUCCGGCACGCGCCCACCCCAAGACCCACUGCUGUAGCUGCCCUAGGUGCUUUGUGCGGGGAGAAGCCCCUCCCCCCAUGGCUUCAGGUGGGGCGGCUGUCCGGACACCGCCGCUCGGGGACAGUUUCCUGUUUGUGAAACGGCCCGGAGGCCGGGGCCGGCCGGUCUGACCCAGCGCUGGCCGGCGGACCAGACCGCGGCCCCUCCUCCUGCCACACCUCCCGGAGGUGGGGGAGGAUUGCGCUGGGGUUCUGGAGGA